AUGGGCCACGCAGAUAUAUGGAAUAGCCAUCCGAAGGAUCAUUGCAAGGGAUCCCGUCGUUGUCGGGUGUGUAAGGCGCACCAGGGACUCAUCCGCAAGUACGGACUGAACAUGUGUCGACGCUGCUUCCGCGAGCACGCGAACAAGAUCGGCUUCCAAAAGUAUCGCUGA